AUGGGCGCCCAUAGAGAUAGGCGCCUCCAUCACCCCGCCCGAUUCUCCCGCUUUCCAUCACCCCUCUCCAUUCUCCCUCUUUCCAUCUCCCCGCAGCAUUCUCCUUCUUUCCAUCACCCCGUCCCACUCUCCCUCUUUCCGUCACCCCGCCCCAUUCUCCCUGUUUCCAUCACCUCGCCCCAUUCUCCCUCUUUCCAUCACACCGCCCCAUUCUCCCUCUUUCCAUCACCCCACCCCAUUCUCCCGCUUUCCAUCACCCCGCCCCAUUCUCCCGCUUUCCAUCACCCUGUCCCGUUCUCCCGCUUUCCAUCACCCCGCCGCAUUCUCCCUCUUUCCAUCACCCCGCCCCAUUCUCCCGCUUUCCAUCACCCCGCUCCAUUCUCCCGCUUUCCAUCACCCCGCCCGCUCCAUUCUCCCGCUUUCCAUCACCCCGCCCACUUCUUCUCUUUCCAUCACCCCUCCCCAUUCUCCCUCUUUCCAUCACCCCGCCCCAUUCUCCCGCUUUCCAUCACCCCGCCCCAUUCUCCCUCUUUCCAUCACCCCGCCCCAUUCUCCCGCCUUUCAUCACCCCGCCCCAUUCUCCCGCUUUCCAUCACCUCGCCCAAUUCUCCCGCUUUCCAUCACCCCGCCCCAUUCUCCCGCCUUCCAUCACCCCGCCCCAUUCUCCCUCUUUCCAUCACCCCGCCCCAUUCUCACGCUUUCCAUCACCCCGCCCCAUUCUCCCUCUUUCCAUCACCCCGCCCCAUUCUCCCGCUUUCCAUCACCCCGCCCCAUUCUCCCUCUAUCCAUCACCCCGCCCCAUUCCCUCGCUUUCCAUCACCCCGCCUUAUUCUCCCGUUUCCCAUCACCCCGCCCCAUUCUCCCGAUUUCCAUCACCCCGCCCCAUUCUCCCGCUUUCCAUCACCCCGCCCCAUUCUCCCGAUUUCCAUCACCCCGCCCCAUUCUACCGCUUUCCAUCACCCCGCCCCAUUCUCCCGCCUUCCAUCACCUCGCCCCAUUCUCACUCUUUCCAUCACCCCUCACCAUUCUCCCUCUUUCCAUCACCCCGCCCCAUUCUCCUGCUUUCUAUCUCCCCGCCCCAUUCUCCCUCUUUCCAUCACCCCGCCCCGUUCUCCCGCUUUCCACCACCCCGCCCCUUUCUCCCGCUUUCCAUCACCCCGCCCCAUUCUCCCGCCUUCCAUCACCCCGCCCCAUUCUCCAUCUUUCCAUCACCCUGCCCAAUUCUCCCCCUUUCCAUCACCCCGCCCCAUUCUCCCGCCAUCCAUCACCCCGCCCCAUUCUCCCUCUUUCCAUCACCCCGCCCCAUUCUCUCGCUUUCCAUCACCCCGCCCCAUUUUCCCGAUUUCCAUCACCCCGCCCCAUUCUCCCGCUUUCCAUCACCCCGCCCCAUUCUCCCGCUUUCCAUCACCCCACCCCAUUCUCCCGCUUUCCAUCAUUCCGCCCCAUUCUCCCGCUUUCCAUCACCCCGCCCCAUUCUCCCGCUUUCCAUCACCCCGCCCCACUCUCCCGCUUUCCAUCACCCCGCCCAAUUCUCCCUCUUUCCAUCACCCCUCCCCAUUCUCCCUCUUUCCAUCACCCGGCCCCAUUCUCCCUCUUUCCAUCACCCCGCCCCAUUCUCCCGCUUUCCAUCACCCCGCUCCAUUCUCCCGCUUUCCAUCACCUCGCCCGCUCCAUUCUCCCGCUUUCCAACACCCUGCCCCAUUCUCCCGCUUUCCAUCACCCCACCCCAUUCUCACUCUUUCCAUCACCCCUCCCCAUUCUCCCUUUUUCCAUCACCCCGCCCCAUUCUCCUGCUUUCUAUCACCCCGCCCCAUUCUCCCUCUUUCCAUCACCCCGCCCCACUCUCCCGCCUUCCAUCACCCCGCCCCAUUCUCCAUCUUUCCAUCACCCUGCCCAAUUCUCCCCCUUUCCAUCACCCUGCCCCAUUCUCCCGCCUUCCAUCACCCAGCCCCAUUCUCCCUCUUUCCAUCACCCCGCCCUAUUCUCCCGCUUUCCAUCACCCCGCCCCGUUCUCCCGCUUUCCAUCACCCCGCCCCAUUCUCCCGCUUUCCAUCACCCCGCCCCAUUCUCCCGCUUUCCAUCACCCAGCCCCAUUCUCCCGCUUUCCAUCACCCCGCCCCAUUCUCCCGCUUUCCAUCACCCCGCCCCAUUCUCCCUCUUUCCAUCACCCCGCCCCAUUCUCCAGCAUUCCAUCACCCCGCCCCAUUUUCCCUCGUUCCAUCACCCCGCUCCAUUCUCCCGCUUUCCAUCACCCCGCCCAAUUCUCCCUCUUUCCAUCACCCCACCCCAUUCUCCCGCUUUCCAUCACCCCGCCCCAUUCUCCCGCUUUCCAUCACCCUGUCCCGUUCUCCCGCUUUCCAUCACCCCGCCCCAUUCUCCCGCUUUCCACCACCCCGCUCCAUUCUCCCGCUUUCCAUCACCCCGCCCCUAGAGAUAGGCGCCCCUAGAGAUAGCCGCCCCUAG